GUGCGCGCUGGUACGUGGCUCAUACGGUUCAACCGUCACCGCUUUCUGUAGCACAUUUCUCUGAGGUUUGACAGCUGAAACGCCACCAUGUCUCUUUGUUCUGCUAUAGUUCAACUUAAAACCCCGUUAGUAAGGGUUCUGCAAUCACAACGUGCUAUUUCGAGUCGGGCUUAUUCUGCUAUCGCUCAGGCGAGGUCGGUACUGGAGAAUGAACUGGACACGAUCCGGGCUGCUGGAACCUGGAAGGGAGAGAGAGUGAUCACAUCUAAACAGGGAGCUCAUAUUAACGUGCACGGCAACAGUGCUGACAUAUUAAAUUUCUGUGCAAAUAACUACCUGGGCUUGUCCAGUCAUCCAGAAGUCGUUCAGGCAGGAGUCGAUGCCUUGCAGAAGUAUGGGGCUGGACUAAGUUCAGUCAGGUUCAUCUGCGGAACACAGGAUCUGCACAAGGAUUUAGAGAAGAAGAUUGCUCAGUUCCACGAAAGAGAGGACUGCAUUCUUUAUGCCAGCUGCUUUGAUGCCAAUGCUGGUCUGUUUGAGGUUCUUUUGGGCCCUGAUGAUGCUGUGUUAUCUGAUGAACUGAACCAUGCAUCAAUCAUCGAUGGAAUUAGGCUGUGUCGUGCUAAGCGAUUCCGCUACAAGCACAUGGACCUGAAGGACCUGGAGGAGAAGCUGAAAGAGUCUCAGUCCUCACGUCUAAGGCUGGUGGUGACUGAUGGAGUGUUUUCUAUGGAUGGUGACGUGACUCCACUGGUGGGUAUCUGUGACCUUGCUGAACAGUAUGGAGCCAUGGUCUUUAUUGAUGAAUGCCAUGCCACAGGCUUCUUGGGUCCUCGUGGCCGAGGAACUGAUGAGCUGCUGGGUGUAAUGAACAGAGUGCAUAUAGUUAACUCUACUCUUGGAAAAGCUCUUGGAGGGGCAGCAGGUGGUUACACAGUGGGGCCAAAGCCUUUAAUCGACUUACUCCGGCAGCGCUCUCGUCCUUAUCUCUUCUCCAACUCUCUCCCACCUCCGGUAGUGGGCUCUGCCGCUCGCGCAGUGGAACUGCUGCUGGCAUCCAAUGAAAUUGCACAGAGCAUGGCAGCUAAAACCAUGAGGUUUAGAAACAACAUGACACAGGCAGGGUUCACCAUCUCAGGCUCAGCUCAUCCCAUCUGCCCUGUCAUGCUGGGAGAUGCUCGUCUGGCAUCAGUCAUGGCUGAUGACAUGCUAAAACUGGGUGUGUAUGUGAUCGGUUUCUCCUACCCUGUGGUUCCUAAAGGAAAAGCUCGUAUCCGGGUCCAGAUCUCAGCAGCACACACUGAAUCAGACAUUGAUCGUGCUGUUGAUGCCUUUAUACAGACUGGCAGAAAGCAUGGUGUCAUAUCAUAGAUUUCGUGCUAGUGCAAUUGUGUGCCUUUGAUAGAUCAACGUAGAGAAUGAGCAGCUUUCAUGAAAUGUUACAGUGUUACAUAAACUGCUGUUACAGUGAGCACUUGGAUGAAAAGCAAGAAUACUUAAAUCUGCUAGAUGCAUAUAACAGAAUAUAGUUUGCACUAAUAAAUGAUUUUGCUUAUUAA